CGGAUAUCAUAUAAUAGACUUUUUAUUGUCCUUAUAGCCACCACUCACCGCUACUCUGAACCUUUCCCAUUUUUCAAUUCUUCUUUUUGAAUCUCUCUUUCACUAUCUCUCUCUCUCUCUCUCUCUGUCAUCAAUGGCUACUCAAGGUCAAGUCAUCACUUGCAAAGCUGCGGUUGCUUGGGAGCCCAACAAGCCAUUGGUUAUAGAAGAUGUGCAGGUUGCUCCGCCUCAGGCCGGGGAGGUUCGAAUUCAGAUUUUGUUCACUGCUCUUUGCCAUACUGAUGCUUACACCUGGAGUGGCAAGGAUGCUGAGGGCCUCUUCCCCUGUAUCCUUGGUCAUGAAGCUGCUGGAAUUGUAGAAAGUGUUGGUGAAGGGGUCACUGAGGUUCAACCAGGUGAUCAUGUCAUUCCCUGUUACCAGGCAGAAUGCGGAGAAUGUAAAUUUUGCAAAUCAGGAAAGACUAAUCUCUGUGGCAAGGUUCGUUUAGCUACUGGGGCUGGAGUUAUGCUGAGUGAUCGUAAGAGUCGGUUCUCAAUAAAUGGAAAGCCUAUCUACCAUUUCAUGGGAACCUCAACAUUCAGCCAGUAUACAGUUGUACAUGAUGUCAGUGUUGCAAAGAUUGAUCCAAAAGCUCCUUUGGACAAAGUUUGCCUGCUUGGCUGUGGCGUUCCCACUGGUCUUGGGGCAGUUUGGAACACAGCAAAAGUAGAACCCGGAUCUAUUGUUGCUAUCUUUGGGCUUGGAACGGUUGGCCUUGCAGUUGCAGAGGGAGCAAAAACAGCUGGUGCUUCACGAAUAAUUGGCAUAGAUAUUGACAGCAAAAAGUUUGCAAGAGCAAAGGAUUUUGGAGUUACUGAAUUUGUGAAUCCGAAGGAUCAUGAUAAACCAAUUCAGCAGGUCAUUGUUGAUCUCACAGAUGGCGGUGUUGACUAUAGUUUUGAGUGUAUUGGAAAUGUCUCUGUAAUGAGAUCUGCCUUAGAAUGUUGUCACAAGGGCUGGGGAACCUCGGUUAUUGUGGGUGUUGCAGCAUCAGGUCAGGAGAUAUCUACUCGUCCUUUCCAGUUGGUGACUGGUCGUGUCUGGAAAGGAACUGCUUUUGGCGGUUUCAAGAGCCGUUCACAAGUGCCUUGGCUUGUAGACAAAUACCUGAAGAAGGAAAUUAAGGUGGAUGAGUACAUCACACAUAAUUUGACUCUUGGAGAGAUCAACAAGGCAUUUGAUCUGAUGCACGAAGGGAGUUGCCUUCGGUGUGUGCUCGAUGCGUGUGUCUAGGGUUAUCUACUGAGGCAUGAUUAAGUGUUUUAUAUCUUGGUGUUGUUAUCUAUUAAGGCCUGGCUAAGUGUUUUGUGGAAUGGGGAUGCUUUGGUGCCCUUCUUUCUUUUCUCGACAUACAGAAAACUUAUAAUGUGCAUGGCUUCAUAAAUAUAAUAUGGUUGGUAUGACUACCACUUGAUAAA